AUGUUAAGAAUACUUUCUCUCUUAUGUUUUUCAGAUUUUUGGUUAGUUAAAGCAUCCCAAAAUAUUAUUGGAUCAGUAACUUGUUGCCCUGGUUGUUUUAGUUUGUAUCGAGCUAAGGCUCUUGCUGAUGUUCUGCCAACUUUUCAGGAACCCAGCAAUUCUGCUUUUGAUGCACUCGUCAAAGAUCAUGGUGAAGAUCGUUGGUUGUGUACAUUGAUGAUGUUAAGAGGCUGGAAAUUGGAGUAUAUCGAUCAUUGUCGUAACUCCACCCAUUGUCCAGAAACCUUUAUGGAGUUUCUCGGACAAAGACGACGUUGGGUGUUAUCUGAGCUGUCUAACAUGGUCCUCAUCUUUAAAAAUCUUCGAUCUCUUGUCAGAAGCAAUGCUGCCUUCUCCGCCGUCUUUAUCUUGUCAUUGCUUCAGAUGUUCCUGUGGGUCCUCAUCUCACCCUCAACGACCCUACUCGUCAUGUUUGUUGCGUGUGAAGCCAUAUUUGGUCUAUCAUUGGUUUGGUCGGUUCCUAUAUCGUUUAUUGUAUUUGUUGCUUACUGUGUAUUGUGCUGUGUUGGAUCAGUGAAGAUUCAGAAAUGGGCAACAUGGGCUAUGUUAUGUUUAUCAAUAAUCUUAAUGAUAGCUGUUAGUGUUGGUUUUGUUUAUUUCAUGACAAUAAGCAUUAUGGAAGAUGUUCGUGAUGGUUAUGUUGAAUUUCGGCCGUAUUUCCUAAUACCGUUGCUGAUUGGUGGAGUUGUUUAUGCUGCAUUGAUACAUCCCGGAGAAUGGUUAAAUCUUAUUUAUGGUUUAAUAUACGCUGUAUUAUUUCCUGCUAUGUUUAUCAUUCUACCAAUCUAUGCUGUAUCUAAUAUUGUAGAUCAAUCCUGGGGAACUCGUGAGCUGGUAAGUGUUAUUCAAAAUACCAAAAAUAUAUUAUCGGGGAAGUGGACUUAUUUAAGACAGGUCACAUGA